AUGAGGUGGAUUCUGUGCUCGAGCCUCACCCUCUGCCUGAUGGCGCAGACGGCCUUGGGUGCCUUGCACACCAAGAAGCCUCAAGUGGUCACCAAAUAUGGAACCCUGCAAGGAAAACAGAUGCAUGUGGAGAAGACACCCAUCCAAGUCUUUUUAGGAGUCCCCUUCUCCAGACCUCCUCUAGGUGUCCUCAGGUUUGCACCUCCAGAACCCCCAGAGCCCUGGAAAGGAAUCAGAGAUUCUACCACCUGCCCGCCUGGGUGCCUGCAGGAGUCCUGGGGCCAGCUGGCCUCCACGUACGUCAGCACGCGGGAACGGUGCAAGUGGCUGCGCUUCAGCAAGGACCGUCUGUACCUGAACGUGUACGCGCCGGCGCGCGCGCCGGUGAGUGCCAGGUCUCCCGUGAUGGUCUGGUUCCCGGGAGGCGCCUUCAUCGUGGGCGCUGCUUCUUCGUACGAGGGCUCUGACUUGGCUGCCCGCGAGAAAGUGAUGCUGGUGUUUCUGCGGCACAGGCUUGGCAUCUUCGGCUUCCUGAGCACGGACGACAGCCACGCGCGCGGGAACUGGGGGCUGCUGGACCAGAUGGCGGCUCUGCGCUGGGUGCAGGAGAACAUCGCAGCCUUCGGGGGAGACCCAGGAAAUGUGACCCUGUUCGGCCAGUCGGCGGGGGCCAUGAGCAUCUCAGGACUGCUGAGAAUGAUGUCACCCCUAGCCUCGGGUCUCUUCCAUCGGGCCAUUUCCCAGAGUGGCACCGCGUUACUCAGACUUUUCAUCACUCGUAACCCACUGAAAGUGGCCAAGAAGGUUGCCCACCUGGCUGGAUGCAACCACAACAGCACACAGAUCCUGGUAAACUGCCUGAGGGCACUAUCAGGGGCCAAGGUGAUGCGUGUGUCCAACAAGAUGAGAUUCCUCCAACUGAACUUCCAGAGAGACUCUGAAGAGAUUAUCUGGUCCAUGAGCCCUGUGGUGGAUGGUGUGGUGAUCCCAGAUGACCCUUUGGUGCUCCUGACCCAGGGGCAGGUUUCAUCUGUGCCCUACCUUCUAGGUGUCAACAACCUGGAGUUCAAUUGGCUCUUGCCUUAUAUCAUGAAGUUCCUGCUAAACCGGCAGGCGAUGAGAAAGGAAAUCAUCACUAAGAUGCUCUGGAGUACCCGCACCCUGUUGAAUAUCACCAAGGAGCAGGUACCACUUGUGGUGGAGGAGUGCCUGGACAAUGUCAAUGAGCAUGACUGGAAGAUGCUACGAAACCGUAUGAUGGACAUAGUUCAAGAUGCCACUUUUGUGUACGCCACGCUGCAGACUGCUCACUACCACCGAGAUGCCAGCCUCCCUGUCUACCUGUAUGAAUUUGAGCACCACGCUCAUGGAAUAAUCGUCAAACCCCGCACUGAUGGGGCAGACCAUGGGGAUGAGAUGUACUUCCUCUGUGGGGGCCCCUUCGCCACAGGCCUUUCCACUGGUAAGGAGAAGGCACUUAGCCUCUGGAUGAUGAAAUACUGGGCCAACUUUGCCUGCACAGGAAACCCCAAUGAUGGGAAUCUGCCCUACUGGCCACGCUACGACAAGGAUGAAAAGUACAGGCCGGGCGCGUACCUGCAGCUAGAUUUUACCACGAGAGUGGGCACGAAGCUCAAGGAGAAGAAGAUGGCUUUUUGGAUGAGUCUGUACCAGUCUCAAAGACCUGAGAAGCAGAGGCAAUUCUAA